AUGCUGCGCCUUUCUCAGGAGGGCGCCUGCAACAAGCGGAAGACAACUGUACAGCUCACCAAGGAUCAGCUGCUGGACGACAAGCCCCUGGAAGAACCGCAAGAGAAUGGCGCUUCGGAGGAGCUCAGGGAGGCAGAUCCGACCACCCUGAAAAACAGGCGCCGCCUGAAGAUUGUGCGGACGCACGGGCCUUCUGCGAGUGCCUCUUCGGAGCAACAACCGGCGAAGGAGGUUCUCCCAGAAGCGAGGGUGGGUGAUGCGAGCAACACAGCAGCCGAGGAGGCCGCUAGCUCUGCUUUAGACGGUGCUGAGCGUGAGCUGUUGCCCUCCUCGGACAGGGGAGAAACUGAAGGUGGAAGCGCCAACGGCAGCAGCACCUUCACUACCGGCGCAAGCAGCAGUAGUAGCAACAACGGCAACACCGCCAACGCCACCACAAACAAUGACAGCAGCGUCGGUGGCGGUAACAGCGGGCUAUUCGGAUCUGUAUUGAAGGGAACCUCUUCGUUCAUUAGUCCAUUUGGCUCGCUCAGUGCGUCGGGAUCUUCCUUCUUGCUGCCCUCAGGGGGGUCAGCGGGAAGCGCUUCGCUGUUUGGAAGCCCCCCCCCGGCGACGCCGGCUUCCGAGGCGGAGGAAGCAGAUGCUGCCCCUCCAGAGGAGCCAACCGUCGUGACCACCACUGUUGACAGCAAAGAGGAAGUGAUCUUUACGGACAGAGACUGCCGCAUGCAGUGCUUUGACAUGGAAAAGAAGGCAUGGGCUCCCAAACCACCUCUCGACGGAAAAGUUGACAUUGUCGUACCCAAGGAGGGAGAAGAGGAGGGCUUGCCUAAUGCUCGUAUCUUGUUUUUUGUAAAUCGCACCGGGCGCCUGCGGCUGAACUCCCCCGUGCUGCCUUCUUCCGUUAAGUUUAGGCACCCUGUAGAGCGAGCUGCACUGUCGACUGGAGCGGCGGCAGGAGCCGCUGCCGCUGCCGCCCCCUCAGAAGGGGGCGACGCAGCCCAAAAGGAAGAGCAAAAGGACUUGCCACUCAAGCUAAAUACUGUGGAAUUUACAGGGCUUAAGAUCGAUGCAGAGAACUCCAAGGAUACGACUUUUUAUCGAAUUCGGUUUAGCAGCGACGCGCGCGCAGCCGAGUUUGUUGCCUUGGCAAACGCGAAACAGGAGGAGGCUUCAAAGGCCCUGCACGGCGGCACUAACAAUUAG